GGAAGCAUCUAUGUAUAGAUAGUUCCCUCUCUGCCUAGGUGUGUAUCUAUCUAUCGGACCUGAAGUUAUUCGCGUCUCUCAUUGGUCGAGCCUGCUUCUCCUCGUGAAAUCUCAGCUUCUCAUUGGCUCUUACUCUGGCUCCACUGAUCCGUGAUUAGUCUAAACUACCUGCCUGCCAGUAUCCUUUGAAUUCACACAUUCUAUCAAUAGAAGAUUUUCGAUAUUUUGCAACAAUUCAAUCAUCAUGCCACGACCCUCUAAAGAUAAAGAAGAUAGUUCUAAUUCAGAUGAUCUAAAAACUCUUGUGAUGGCCCUCAAGGAAAGUGUUGAUAAUUUAACAAAAAGAUUUGAUUCCUUAGAUGAAACCUUGAAAAAAGUUAAGGAGGAUAACUUACAGUCCCAGAAAAUCAUCCGAAACCUUGCUGAUAUGGUUAAUGAUCGUGAGCAGCAUAGCAGAAACAGCAGUAUUAGGAUCUCUGGAUUAAAGAUUAGUGAUGAUACCUCCAAAGACGCCAUUUCUACCUCAAGACUGGUGUAUGAAAACCUUCUAAAUCCCAUCCUUUCGCUUGCUGUCAAGGAUAAAGUAAUUUCAAAGGUUCCUGAUAUGUUCGAGCUGAUUGAAUAUGCUCAUACACUACCAAUGAGACGUAAAGAUUCCAACAAACCUACUCAACCGAAUCCAGUCAUUGUAAGGUUCCAAUCCCGACUCCUUCGUCAGCUGGUUUUCAAAUACAAGAAAUCCUACCUUGAUGUUCAGGAUCGGAAACAUAUUUUCAUAUCUGAAGACCUCACAGCCCUGAAUUACAAGAAACUGGUUGAACUUAAAAAUGAUUCAAAUAUCCUUGCUGCGUGGAGCCUUGCAGGAAAGAUUUACUUCACAGAGAAGAAAGAUCCUGAAAUAAGGAAGAGACUUUAAUCAACUCGCCAUCAUAUGUCUGUCUCCAUCCUUGUGUUCCCGUACCUGGUCUGAGUUAUCCAGUUCUUGUGCUCCUGUACUCAGUCCGAGUUAUCCAGUUUUUGUGCUCCUGUACUCAGUCCGAGUUAUCCAGUCCUUGUGCUCCGGUACUCAGUCCGUGUUAUCCAGUCCUUGUACUCCUGUACUCAGUCCGAGUUAUCCAGUUCUUGUGCUCCUGUACUCAGUCCGAGUUACCCAGUUCUUGUGCCCUGUACUCAGCCUGAGUUUUCCAGUCCAUGUGCUCCUGUACACAGUUCAAGUUAUCCAGUCCUUAUGCUCCUCUACUCAGUCUGAGUUAUCCAGUCCUUGUGCUCCUGUACUCAGUCCGAGUUAUCCAGUUCUUGUCCUCCUGUACUCAGUCCGAGUUAUCCAGUUCUUGUGCUCCUGUACUCAGUACGAGUUAUCCAGUCCUUGUGCUCCUGUACUCAGUCCGAGUUAUCCAGUUCUUGUGCUCCUGUACUCAGUCCGAGUUAUCCAGUUCUUGUGCUCCUGUACUCAGUCCGAGUUAUCUUUCUUUCUUUUUUUUUAUGUAUGGAGACAGCAGGUUGGUUGUGUGUGGUUGUGAGACGGCAGGUUGGAUUGAUAGCAGGUUGAUCAGGACAAAGUUUCUCAUAAUGAUUCGGUAAAUCCACUGGACUCCAUGAAUACAAACCCUGAUCUUGAUUUAGCUGAUAGCUUGAAUACUUUCCGAUCUUUUCAAAACGAUUUUUUAUGUGCUGAAAAUAAUUUAUUUGAUAAUUUAAAUAUAGAAUGCAAAUACUA